GUGGGCCGCUUCCCCAUCCUCCCACCACACAUCUUUACGGUGUUGGUACGGUCACACAAUGAACUGUCGACGUUAAACAUCCCUCUCAAGACCUCCGAGACUGUGUAUGGAUUUAAUGAUGAUGAAGAAGAAGAAGUUCAAAUUCAAGGUGAAUUUUGAGCUGGACGAGCUCUCGUCGGUUCCGUUUGUCAAUGGAGUCCUCUUCUGUAAAGUCAGACUCUUGGACGGCGGGUUCUCGGAGGAGUCUUCUAGGGAACCAGUGCAGGCCAACUGUGUGCGAUGGCGGAAGAGGUUCUCAUUCCCCUGUAAGAUGAGCGCCAAUGCAGGAACUGGUGUAUUGGAUCCCUGUGUGUGUCGCGUUUCAGUCAGAAAGGAGCUGAAAGGGGGGAAGGCAUAUGCUAAGCUUGGUUUUGCAAAUCUGAAUUUAUCUGAGUUUGCCGGCUCAGGCAGCACAACCCGAAGAUGUCUACUGGAGGGUUACGAUACCAAAAAUACUCGCCAGGAUAACUCCAUUCUUAAAGUUAUCAUCAGUACUCAGCUCAUGUCAGGAGAUCCCUGUUUUAAAACGCCUCCUUCUACUGCAACAGUGAUUGGCAUCCAGGGUGAUGGAGAAAGUCUGCUGGAAGAAAGGAAGGGAGGGGAUUCACAAACGGCUUCCUCUGCGGAGAGUCGAGAAGUCAAGUGUCCCGUGGUGUCUGAUGAUCUCGCUGUCUGCGGCCAUUCACGGACUUCCAGCUAUGCUAGCCAACAGUCCAAACUCUCAGGCUACAGCACAGGCCACUCGCGCUCCUCCAGCAUGUCAGACUUUAGUCAUCGUCGGAACCAUUCAGUAGGCAGUGCCUCAACGGGCAUCGGCAGCAUCCCAGAACCAAACGAGGACAGAGAAGCCAGGCCCUGUCCUGCUCUCCCUGAACAUCCGCUUUCCGCCACCAACUCCAGCAACUCUGUGGGUUCUCCAGUUCGGAGCGCCUCAUCUUGUGAGCGACUCAACAGGCACCCAGUGAAGCAGGACUCAAUGGAGUCGCAGCUAAAGAGAAUGGACGAUACUCGUGUGGAUGCUGACGACGUAGUGGAAAAAAUCCUCCAAAGCCAAGAUUUCACACCGAGCCUUCUGGAUUCCAGUGCAGAGGAGGAGGGGUUACGUCUAUUUGUUGGGCCUGGAGGUAGCACCGCUCUUGGAAGCCACCAUCUUCCUACCAGAGUCGGAGGUGCAGCAUACGAGCAGGUGGUGAUAAAGCGCUAAACUGCAUCAAGAAAAGAGGAAAAAACAACUGGAAGCAGGGUUUUGUCCGUAUCAGUCUUAGCUCUCUGCUUGAGCCGCACACUGUCCGUGGUAGACGUCACAACAACGCCCUCCCGUGUUCAUAUUUGGAACUGAACACUGUAGCUUUCUUUUGACUGGGUAGUUUGUGUCACAGUGGGAUCAACUUCAAUGUGACUUGUUUUCUUAUUUAAUUUUAACAGGAAGGGCUGCCUGUGCACACGCUAUUUUCACCAACGUUUAAACCAAACACAUUGGAAGAAGUGAGAAAGCGAGUUGAGUUUAGAAACGGCAACAGGACAAUGCCAUGCAAUUUCAAUACAUUCCUUUGAAUUCUGUAGUAAUAAUUGUCUGUUUUGUGACUUCUCUUUAAAUUUCUGCUUAGUUAUGUUUGCCUUGAAUCUGCUAAGAGGUUGUUGUUAGAAACAUUCUGAAAGGAUGUUUUACUUAUUACAAAGACCAGGUGCCAGACUGUGUAUGUGUGAGACCACUUUACAAUAUCAGCAUCAUGGCAGCUUUGUUUAGCAUUAGCAAUGCUAAUCCAAUGCCUAAACAUGAAACAUGCCUACAAAAAUAGUGAAAACUACUCACCAUUUUUAGCAUAGAAAAUGAUGCAGUACAAAUUUGCCCAGCUUACUAUAUUUGGCUCCACACUUGGUUAAACCCUCAACCAAAGCACUUCUGACUAGGCUAGUGAUGUCCAAUGUGCGGCCCGGGGGCCAUUUGCUGACUACGGCUGGUUUUUAUUAUUGGCUAGUGGCACAUUUUAAAAAUAAUUUUAGAAAUUACACUUUUUUAUCAUUAAUUUUACCAUAAAGUAAUAUUAUGGAGAAAAAAUAACAUUUUAGUAGCUUAAGUUGAAACAUUAAAGAAACAAUAUAUUAAGUUGUCAUAUGAGAAUCAAAACAAAAUAAUGUAAAUUGAACAUUCAGCUGGGGAAAAGUUAUAUUAAGGGAAUUAAGUCAAUAUAUUUUUGCAAUAAAGUCAUAAUAUUGAAAGACAAUUUGCAAAGAUUAUUCAAGCAAAACGUUGAGAUAUUCGGAAAAUGAAAUGCUUGUUGGGAGAUGAUACAUUUUCCUUCUUCAAAUACAUAUUAUUUAGCACGUUUACAAAAUAUCAAAGUGGCCAUUGAUGGAAGAAAAAUCCACCCCUGACUUGCGCUAAGUAUGCCUCCCCAGGGUGGAGUAACUAUUAGACCAUUUAAGGAACUAGUAAUCUUUAAAUCAGUCAAGUAAGCACUUGAAAUACAUAUCUGCCGUAACCACUACUUUAAGUGCAGCCCAGGUGACUGUGUAUUCAAUAGUUUGUCUAUAAAGCAAUUAUAUAGAAAAUGGAAUUGUAUAACUCUUUAGUUUUGACACAAGCAACAGCUUCAAGUACUUACGCUACAUUGAUUAAAGAAAAUUGUUUAAUUCCUGCAUCUUUAUUCUGGAAGAGAAUAAUAGUUUUGAACUACAGUAUAAAUCCAAUUAAAAUAAGGAUAAACAUCUAAUGUACUGACAUUUUCAGAGGUUUACAAUGUAGUGCAUAUAUGACAUACAUAUUAGCUUUGCGUUAGUUGACUAAAUAGGGGGAAAAAAUGUGGCACAUCAACAAUAUAAUGAAUAUGCAACUUACAGUACAACUUACCCAGACUAGGCUAGCGUUUAGGAUCAAAUGGUGUGAAGUAUCAGAAGUAUACUGUCUUAAGGUGGAAGUCCCACACAAGUGUGGUGUCUGUGUGGCUAUUCUCCAUUUACUAUGUUUUGCAUGAUUGUCAUAUUUGCACAAAGUCAGAUAUCCGUGACAUCUUAUUCUGACUACUUCUCCACUGAAGGAUCACUUUAAGGCAGACGUACGCAAAGUGAUGUAUAUUUAUAUCGGUCUUGUGAUUUUUUUUUUUCCAAUAUGAUUUCACUGUCAUGUUGAAAAUUCCAAAAUAUCACUGUGUUUGAUACAGUUAGUAUAUUCAACGUUGUGCCAUUUUUGCUUGGAAAAGUGUUCUGUUGUGUAGUUAGUACAGUAUAUUUUGUAGAGAUGUCUUUGCUUUGUUUUAUGGACACUUGUUUUACCUGUGUGACAGUUAAGUUCACGUGGGUAACUACCAUGUUGUUACAAACAUGAUUGCUUCCUCUCUUCUGUGAAGCUGUUGUCUAUAUAAAAGUGUAACUUGUAUUUUUCCGUAAAGUGAUGUACUGCGCUGUUGAAACACUGUCCAGUGUAUUUGCUUCCUUAAACUGUGCUGGAUGCUUACGACGUGUACCUUACACUGUUGACAAGUUCAAAGAAACACAUGGGAAUAAAACCGCUCAUGCA